AUGAUUCCCAUCAGUGAGCUUCCCCAGCCUUCUAGGGCAGCAAAAGUACAGGAGCGAGAUGAUGAGCUUUUCCUUGAAGGCAAUGAUGGACACGAACUGAUUUUACCUCAUGACCUGUACGAUAAAUUGGGCAACGUAUCUGAUCCUUAUGAUCCAAAUAAAGAUUUCAUUGGAUUUGUUGAUCCUCUCUUUGGAGUUGUUUUAGUUGACACGGAAAAGCUUCAAGAACAUAUCACCAACAAGACUCACAAUGCGCAAGGAAACACGGUAGAAGAAAAUGGACUGAAAUCGUGCUCUAAUUCACUUACAGAUGAAAACGAACAUCGAAACCGAGAAGAACCAAUUUCUGCAACUAAUAGGACUGCGGAAGGCACGCGGUCUCCCAAGGAAGCCAUUUCAUCGCCGUCUCGUGCUGGCACGGACAAGAAAGAGAAGACGCUGCACCAUCUUGCGUACGAGAUGAAAAUUGGCUACCCUCCGCCAGAAGAUGAAAACCGACCAAUUUCUGGCUUUGGAGUUAAAAACGGUAGAAUUCUCUCUAAUUCUUCUACAUUCAACUCUUUCUCUGACGAGUUCCACACCGAAGAGAGAGGUAUGAGCGAGACUGAACAAGUUAAGCUCACAGCUCUCAUAAGCCGGCUGCAUGAAAGCUACCAGAAGAAGACCAGCAGCGUGUGCAGCCUCCUGUGAAAAAUGUUACCAAACAGACAGAAUACUUUUAUUUUAUUUUAUUGGAUUCGUAUUCUGCCAUGAAUUGCAAUAACAAUUUGUAGACAUUUUCAACGAUUAAUAGAGCUUUUUCGAUUAGUUUUUUCACAUCAUUCAUUUUCAAUUAAUUAUGUAACCCAUUGAGCUAAUUCGUAACAAGCGCUGUCAUAAAUUCACUACACUGCAACUGAAAGGCAAUGCUGAACUUCAUAUGAGAUUUUCAUGAACACUCAAUUUUAGUCCAUCAGCCUUCGCAUUCUCAUCUAGCCACAUUAUUUGCAACAAAUUUGCCUACUCUUCGAGGAAGAGAAUAAAUAACGUUCAGUAAUAUUCACUGAAUUUCAACGAAGAAUGAUCAUUCCUGUUAAUAAAUAAUAAAUAAAUUAGUAAAUGCAGUGAACAAUAAAUGCAGUGAACCAAUUGAAUAGAUUUCAAUAAAAUCGCAUUGUACUUGUUCUUUACGCUUGUUCCUUUGUUGACAAUCGAUACUUCACACACCAGUGUGAUCAACUAUUGAGAUUUUAGGCCUACUUCCCAUCAUUAAUGAUAUUUUGGAGCCAUUUCUUGCUUUUAAUAAGGGAAUAGGUGCGCAGAUACACAUAUGUAGUCUCUUCACAGAAGUUGAUAUGAAAAUAAAUUUCGAUUUUGUAAAAUUUUAAUUUUCUGACAACCUGACAUUUUUUAAAGUUAUAUUGCAAUUGCAAUU